GUGUUGUUGGUGAUCUAUUGCUGCACUGCUUCAGGAAUCUACAAUCUACAGAUAAUGGAGCCAAUGAAUUCACUUGAGACUGCAGACACUCAGUCACAGCCUGCUGUCCCACUGUCUCCCUCGGUUUAUGUUCCUCCAUCACUGAGAGAUGGUGAGUGUUACCAUGUCUUCAUCAGCUACAGCAGCACUGACUACCAGUGGACCCACUCCCUCAUCAACCAGCUGGAGUCCUGCAGCCUGCAGGUCUGCUACCAUGAGCGAGACUUCACUCCUGGCCGCACCGUGUUGGAAAACAUGUCCGACUGCAUCCAGGAGAGCCAGAAGGUCCUCCUGGUUCUCAGCCCGGAGUUUGUGAGGAGCCGCUGGUGUCUCCUGGAGGCCAACAUGUCUCUGUUUAGAGACUGUCUGGAGAGGAAACCCAUUGUCCCAGUGUUGCUGGAGCCAGGAGUCCCUGUUCCUCUUCACCCUAUGCCACCUCACCUAUCUGGAGGCCAACGACCCUGA